AACUAACAUAAUUCCUACAAUGAUUAACAUAUAUUUUAAUACUAUCAGAACCAAUCAAUCCCAUAUACAAUGGCUAUCACCGGCUCCUCAGCUGCAGAUGAGCUCGGAGAUACCACUGAGGGUUCUCUUAAUAACCGAGGAAAUAACACUGGUGGAUGGAGAUCCGCGAGGCUCAUCAUCGGUGUGGAGAUGGCGGAGCGAUUCGCUUACUUUGGGAUAUCGUCAAACCUAAUAAUGUACUUGACCGGACCAUUAGGUGAGUCAACAGCUACAGCCGCAGCAAAUGUUAAUGCUUGGAUUGGAACGUGUAAAGAUGAGAACUUGUUUCUCAAGCAUCAAAGGUAACUACGGUUUUAACUAUAGUCAAAGUAAAGAUGGGUUGAGUUACUUUUGGGACCACAAAGAGGAGCAUUUGGUUAGCUGGCCAAGAAGGACAAUUUGUCUCCUUGUAGAGGAGUGUGUUGUAGAAGCACUAGGGUUUCUGGGGUUUGUCUCUCAUAUAAAGAGACAAGAAGACACAAGGAAAAGUGUGUCGCCAAGCCAAGCGGCCGUAAGAAGGGAGAGAGGCACAAUGUAAAGAGAGAGAGCUAUAAUCUGGUAGAGAGAAAACUUGUGAGAGUGUAAUCUUGGGGAGAGUUUUCUUAAGUGUUACAGAGUGUUGUUAGUGAGUCUUUGGUUGUUAAGAUCCAUAGAUGUCACUUGAGUUAUCUCUGUAAACUUGUCUCUGAUUAUAGUGGAGUUUGGGAAUCUGUUGAUUCCGACCGGAUGUAGUGGUUAGUUAACACCACGAACCGGGUUAACAUUUCUCUGUGUGCUCUUUCUUCUCUUUCUCUUGCUCUGUUUUGAUUUCUUCUUCUCAAGGAUAUUGUUUGCUCUGUUUUGCUGUGCUCUUUUGUUGUUCUUGUUGGCAAAGGUUUAAGCUUGAGGGGCUGUAGAGGUUGACAAAACCCAACAACUUGGUAUCAGAGCCAAGGUUCGUGCUUAAGGUCUCAAGCUUUGCUUUGAAUCUUCAGGUUUCCGUGAGAAAGAUUCAGGUUUGUUAAGGAAAAGUUCAUGCUUUGUCGAAAAAGGUCACAGCUUUAUGAAGGAUAAAAGCUUCUUGGAGAGCAACUUUAGAGAAGAACGACAGAUCUGGUUAUAUCUCAAGGAAGGUGGAGUUCUUGCCGUUUAGAGACAUGGAUUUGUUGAAAUCGAGUAGAGAAGGAGAUGCUAGAUUUCUGUUGAAAUCUGGGUUUCACAACCAAAGCUUGUCGUUAGCUCUAUGGAGUCUAGCGAUAAACGACGAGGAAGUCGCUGAGAUUCUGGUGGGUUUCGCUCAAGUUUCAGACAAUGUCAAAGAGCAGACGACGUCGUCAUUAAAGAAACGAGUCGAGAAGAAGCUUCGGGUUUCAGUGUAAAGGAAGAAACACGAAGGGAGAGAGAAUCGUGGAGGUGUGGUGGCCAUAAAGUCACCGGAUAACAUCGGAUCGUUGGCCGGAAAACUAGUGAGAGAUGAACGGCGGUCAGGAAAAGAGAAGAGAAGAGUCACGACAAAACUCUCUUUUCUUGUUGGACCAAGAUGGGCCUUAUCUCUCAUUAAUGAAAGUUUAGUGGGCCUAACACUUUCUUAAUGCCCAAAAUCAAAAGUGAAAGAAGGCAUUUACCUUUGAUGUUUCUUCUUCGGUGCGACGCUGUGACGGAGGUCCUCGAAGUCACCUGAGUUGAACGUGGAGAUUGCGUCUGACGUCGAAGGUGAUAAAACUACGUCUGGAGUGACAGAAGCUCUAAUUGCAAAUCGAAGUCUUAUGGCUGGGAGCGGUUUGGUUCGACGGUGAAGUCGAAGGUGGAGCAGUUGUUUAAAACCACAUCGAGAUUCUCAUCGUCGGAGGAAGUGACGGUUGAAGAAGAAUAAUCUCGAGUGAAAGGGGAUCAAAUCAUUAGCUAAGCAAAAUUGAAUUUGGAGGUUAAACUGGAAUUGCAAAGUUCAUAGCCAUUCCGGUAAAAUCCAAAGUUUCUAAUUUUCUGUAAAGAAGUUGGAGGUUGAGUGAGUAAAGACGACAGUCACAACUAUGUGUCUUCGUUUACUCUUGUUUGGAAGGAGAAGAAAUGAAUGCGAGAAAGAAAUGAUCUGUGAUGGGUGUUUCUUGAUCAUUGCUGAAGAAACCGGUUAGAGUUGAUUUCGAAAUUGAACAUCAAUUUCAAGACUCAAGUUCAGUGAGACUUAAAGUCUGUUUCUGCUGCAGUCACAAGGUUUUAUGUGAUGUUUUGUAUUGAAGUUUCAGGUUUGCUCAAGUUCUGCAUUUGUAUUGGAAAUGGAAGUUUGUUGGAACACAAGGGUUAUGUUCUGGUUUUACAGGAGUUAAGCUAAGAUUCAUUGUCAGUUUUGUAAAGUCAGUUCAAGGUGGUGUUCUAACUAUCGGGUUUCCAGGCCGGAUUAUAUUCUUGGAACUAGGGGACGCCUUAGAACCUUGAAUCUUAUGGGCGUUCUAUGGCCGUGUGAGUAUCAGUAAGGGUAUUCUUGGGUCAGUUAGAGGAAGUUGCAGAAUGGUUAUGGAGCAAGUCAUGUUUUCUGUUUGGUCAAGACAGAAACGGUUUGAGGAACUUCAGUGGUCUGGCUGAGUUUUGAAAGGGGUUUCGGUUGCAUGUUUAUCUAUGUGUGUAGCUAUCAGUUCUGGUGAAUGAGAGAGUCUACAGGUUGUGGAUUAUCAGAGAACGUGAAGCUACCACACUGCUAUUUUCAGAGGAAAUGUAGCAAGUUUUGUAAGCAUGUUGUUUGGUAUAAGCUAGCUGCACAGCGUGGGAUUCUUGUUAUGAGAAUGAAUGUUUUGUGAACAAGAUGACAGCAGCAAAGAUUCAUGUUUGUGCAGAUUUGUGUUGAGUAGCACAUGGAAAUUUCUACAGGAUUGAAUCUAAGAGAACAAGUAGUUCUUAUCUCGGGUGGAGCAAUGUUUUCUCAGACUGUAUCUUCUGUUUAGAGUCGGAUCUUCAAAAGAAAAGAAAAAAAAAAAGAGGAAGUAUUUGAUGGUAUGCAAUGGGAUGUACUAUUUUCUUGUGUCGAAAGUCUUCUUAGCCGAGAGGGUGUCAGUCACCGGGAGGGUGUUUGGCAUCAAGGGGUGUUAGGCGGCGUGUCUUGUUCCUUUGAACAGCGGUGCAAGAUAAGUAUGUUGAUUUUGCAGAAGAGAAGUGCAAGAUUUUGAUUUCUGGGAACAAAGUAUGGUUUGGUGGUGUAUCAGCCUAAGUUGUUGCACUAUUAGAUCAUGAAGAGUGCUCCAAGUAGAGAUGAUGAGGCUGCUUAAAGAGAGAAAAGUUCUUGGUGUUUUUUUUUUGGGUAAAAUGGAUCAGUUGGUGUUCUAACUCAGAGAAGUGAUGUUGAGCUUUGACCAGGUAAAAUCCACAGGUUAUGGUUCUGGUGGAGCUAAAUGCUGCAGAACUCACUGGUGAUUAAAGUUCAUUAAGUUUUUUUUUAUUAAGAAGGAAGGGAAGCCAAGAACAGGUGGUUAUCAACAAGUUCGACGGGUAUAAUCUGAGAGGAUAAGGAUUCUUACAGAUUUGGUUGAAGCUGGUUGAUUGUUAAGGGUAUUCAGAAAUAUAGUUGCAGGUUUCUGAAAGUUUCAGAAGACACUGAGUAAACGGAGAUGAAGCCAUUACAGUUGUUCAGUGAGUUCUCUGUAGAAGAAACUGAAAGAGACAAGUGCAAGUUUUGCAGAAGUUGUCUCAAGGCUGUUCAUUCAAAACUGUGGAAGUGUUGUAUAUCAAGAUUGAUAUAUCACUCAUCUCAAGGCCGGUGUUCAUGAAAAGGAAUCCUAAAAAGGAUGCAAAUGCAAGGACCUUAAAAGUUGCAUUUGGAAGACAACAACUAAGGAGUUUAAGGUUGUUGUGUCUGCACCAAGGGGAGUAUAUAUAAAUAUAUUCUCAGGAAAUGACAUUUGCAGACCAUUCAAAUGGAGUAUCUCCAAGUAACAUAAAGGAGAGAUAGACUUUGGUUUAAGUCUAGAUAUCGAAUGGUGCAAGGUUCAAGUUGUUUGGUGGAGAUCCGUUGGGUUUGCAGGUCUGUACUACAACAGGAAGGGCAUCAUGAUUCUAGAAUUGAUGAUAAAGUUGCUAUAAGGAUUGUCUCAGGGUUAUCACAAGGUUUGGUGAUAUGAAACAGAUUUAAAGGUUACCUGUAGUGUUUGAAAUCUACUGGUGAUGGGUCUGUUUUUGAACAGAAGGAUUGGACAAGGUUAUGUUCAAGUUCUGGUUUGUUGAAACAGGUUGUUGUAAAGGUAAUCUCAGGUUUAAGGAUUCUUAACAAGCUGAUGAGAUUGUCUGCAAGGUUGAAUUAAAAGGUUUUCAGAUAAUGAAGCAAAUAAGAUUCAGGUUUCUGCAUUUGAUUCAAGUGAAUUCAAAGGAUUUUGAUCUCAAUGCGCAUGAGUAAAUCCUAAAGGCUAUAGCAAGGGGAUCAAGUUUUACAGAAGGAUAGUUGGUGUUUCAGUCACUAACAUGUUUAUGGCGUCAACAGAAGUCAUAUGGAGAAUGUGUGAUUGAACGUUUCAUAAGUGGUGAAGCUUAUGGAGUUUUCUGUUGAGAUUAACAAGCUGGAGUUGUUCUUGACUUGUUAAUGGAUUAUUCUGAGCAGUGACAUCAAGUAUUCAAGUGUUGAAUGCAUCAGAGAAGGGAUCAUAAAAGAGUUGAGCUCAAUACAAGUGUGUAAGAAGUUGGUUUUCACAACUCUGAUGAUCUGCAGAUGUGUUGAUGGCUCAGGUUCGUAUAGCGGUGUGAACCGUCACAACGGACGUAUUGAACAUAAGUUAAAUACAUGAAGGAUCCAGCAGGUUUAUGGUGUCUUAAACUGCUAAGAAGAAGGUACUCUCUCUCUCUUGAAGCUAAGUGCAGGCUAGUUGAUCAACAUGUUCUCAGGUGGAGAUUGUAAAGAUGAGAACUUGUUUCUCAAGCAUCAAAGGUAACUACGGUUUUAACUAUAGUCAAAGUAAAGAUGGGUUGAGUUACUUUUGGGACCACAAAGAGGAGCAUUUGGUUAGCUGGCCAAGAAGGACAAUUUGUCUCCUUGUAGAGGAGUGUGUUGUAGAAGCACUAGGGUUUCUGGGGUUUGUCUCUCAUAUAAAGAGACAAGAAGACACAAGGAAAAGUGUGUCGCCAAGCCAAGCGGCCGUAAGAAGGGAGAGAGGCACAAUGUAAAGAGAGAGAGCUAUAAUCUGGUAGAGAGAAAACUUGUGAGAGUGUAAUCUUGGGGAGAGUUUUCUUAAGUGUUACAGAGUGUUGUUAGUGAGUCUUUGGUUGUUAAGAUCCAUAGAUGUCACUUGAGUUAUCUCUGUAAACUUGUCUCUGAUUAUAGUGGAGUUUGGGAAUCUGUUGAUUCCGACCGGAUGUAGUGGUUAGUUAACACCACGAACCGGGUUAACAUUUCUCUGUGUGCUCUUUCUUCUCUUUCUCUUGCUCUGUUUUGAUUUCUUCUUCUCAAGGAUAUUGUUUGCUCUGUUUUGCUGUGCUCUUUUGUUGUUCUUGUUGGCAAAGGUUUAAGCUUGAGGGGCUGUAGAGGUUGACAAAACCCAACAGAACGGUUUCGUUUAUGCCGCUACUCGGAGGCUUUAUCGCUGACUCGUUUCUCGGUCGUUUCCGCACCAUCGUCAUCGCAUCUUCUCUAUAUAUCUUGGGACUUGGGUUGCUGUCUAUUUCAGCCAUGACUCCUUCAAACACCGAAGAUUCGAAUCAGUUCCAAGUGACAUUCUUCUUCUGCUCUCUGUAUCUUGUAGCAAUAGGACUAGGCGGUUACAAACCGUGUAUUAAGGUAUUUGGGGCUGAUCAGUUCGAUGGUAACGAUCUAAGAGAGAGAAAAGCCAAGAGUUCCUUCUUCAACUGGAUGUUCUUUGGAAACUGUAUUAGCAUAUUGACGACUCGUUUGGUCUCUACCUACAUCCAAGAGAACCUAAGCUGGUCAAUAGGUUUUGGUAUCACAAGUGUUUCCAUGUUGCUUGCUCUGUCUCUCUUCCUCCUUGGAACUACCUCUUACCGUUUUAGUACUGAGAGAGGAGGAAAGAAAAACCCUUUCUCUAGAAUCAGUCGUGUUUUCAUGGAGGCUUUAAAGAACAGAAGACAACCUGAUUUCGAUGGUAUGGCUGACGCGAACGAGACUCUCCUUGUCCAAGCUCACCAAAGUUCCAAACAGUUUAGAUUCCUAGACAAGGCAGCUGUUUCAUGUGAAAUGGCUGAAAUCGAAGAAGCAAAGGCGGUUCUUAGGCUUAUUCCAAUAUGGACAAGUUGUGUAGUCUACGCCAUUGUAUAUGCACAAGCCCCUACAUUCUUUACAAAGCAAGGAGCCACAAUGAACAGGUCAAUUUCACCAGGACUUUUAGUCCCUGCAGCUACACUUCAAAGUUUCAUAAACAUCGCAAUAGGCGUUUUCAUCCCAAUCUACGACCGUUUACUCGUCCCGUUCGCGAGGUCCAUCACUCAAAACCCAUCAGGAAUCACAAUGCUGCAAAGGAUUGGCACAGGGAUAUUCCUCUCCACUCUUGCUAUAGUAAUAGCCGCCUUGGUCGAGACCAAAAGGCUCCAAACUGCUCGGGACGAUGAACUAAUAUUGAUGAGCGUGUUGUGGUUGGUUCCACAAUACGUUAUCUAUGGAGUCGCGGAUGUGUUCACAAUGGUGGGUUUGCAAGAGUUCUUCUACGACCAAGUCCCUUGUGAGCUUAGGAGCGUUGGUAUGGCUCUAAACCUAAGCAUAUACGGGGCAGGAAACAUUCUAAGCAGCAUCAUGGUAUCAGUUAUUGAUAAAAUCACGAGCCAGUCUGGUCAAACGAGCUGGUUCGAUAACGACCUGAACAAAGCUUAUUUAGAUUACUUCUACUGGCUACUAGCUUGUUUUAGCUUCAUUGGUUUCGCCUCCUACCUGUGGUUCGCCAAGUCAUAUAUCUACAACAGACCAAACACCUUCUAAAGCAUUGUUUUCUCUGUUCUGCCAUUUAAACUAGUCUUAAUUAUUGUAUUUCUGAAAUUAACUUCACAACCAACCAAAUGAGAAUAAACAAAGCCAAUGUUGGAGUUACUUUUA